AUGGACCCCAAGGUCAAAAUCCUCGACCCGAAAACGUUGCGCGCCACGACGCAGACCUGACCGGCGCUUCCGCUGAGCAUCGUCGUUUUUCCAUCUUCCGGUGGCCGCUUUUUCGCCGGCGAUGCUGCAAUAGACGCUUUACCUAGCUCUUCGGGAUUGAUUCUCCAUCUAUGUUCAGAGAGAGGGAGACAAGAUGCAUUGAAAUGAAAAAACAACGAAUUACAAGAUGAAGAUAGUCACUUACAACGUGAAUGGUCUUAGGCCACGCAUCGCACAGUUCGGUUCACUCCGUAAACUGCUCGAUUCCUUCGAUGCCGAUAUCAUUUGCUUUCAGGAAACGAAAUUAAGGAAGCAGGAAUGGCGAGCGGAUUUAGUCAUUGCGGAUGGUUACGAAUCAUUCGUCUCUUGCACUCGUACCUCUGAGAAAGGUCGAACUGGCUACUCAGGGGUUGCGACAUUUUGCCGUGUUAAGUCAGCAUUUUCGAGUAGUGAAGUAGCAUUGCCAGUGGGUGCGGAGGAAGGCUUCACGGGUCUUCUAGAAAGUUCACAGAAUGGAAAAGUUACAAUGCCUGCGGUUGCUGAAGGGCUUGAGGAAUUUUCAAAAGCGGAGCUUCUUAAAGUGGACAGCGAGGGGCGUUGUAUAGUCACAGAUCAUGGUCAUUUUGUUCUCUUCAACAUUUACGGACCUCGAGCUGAUAGUGAUGAUUCAGAAAGAGUUCUAUUUAAGUUAAAAUUUUACGAUAUACUUCAGAAAAGAUGGGAGCAUCUUCUGCAUCAAGGAAAAAGGAUAUUCGUUGUUGGUGAUCUUAAUAUUGCACCCACUUCUAUGGAUCGGUGUGAUGCAGGACCAGAUUUUGAGAAUAAUGAGUUUCGAAGAUGGCUGAGAUCCUUACUGGUGGGAUGUGGUGGCCACUUUAUUGACAUUUUCAGAACAAAACAUCCUGAUAGAAGAGAUGCAUACACGUGCUGGCCUCAAAGUACAGGUGCCGAGGUAUUCAAUUAUGGGUCAAGGAUCGACCAUAUAUUGUGUGCUGGACCAUGCUUACAUCAUGACAGCAACCUGCCAGGCCAUAAUAUAGUAGCUUGUCAUGUUGUGGAAUGUGAGAUAUUGAUACAGUACAAACGCUGGAAAGAUGGGAAUUCUAACAGGUGGAAGGGAGAACGGACCUUUAAACUAGAAGGUUCUGAUCAUGCACCCGUUUAUGCAAGUUUACUGGAAAUCCCUGAUACCCCUCAACAUAGUACUCCAUCUUUAUCUGCAAGAUACAAUCCCAUGAUUCACGGGCUCCAGCAAACUCUUGUGUCUAUGCUACUGAAAAGACAAGCUACUGAAGAUUCAGCAUCGUGCAAGAUAUCAAAUUCACUUUCACGCAGGAAUAUCAUCUUAGGGAGUUGUUCUCAGGGUUUGGAUGGAUCAUUUGAUAAUGGCGACCUAUCAGGCUUUCUUCCUAGUGAAUCCUGUUCUUCGACGAACCUAGAAACUGAAGAUUCUCUAUUAAAAACAGAAGAGAGUUCUGGUGGAGGUUUUCCGGAGAAGGCUGCAUGCAACACCUUAAUUACAGAUAAGUCUCUACAAACAAAAACAUUACCCGAGAAUGAAACAAGAAAAAGAGUGAGAAGGAGUUCCCAGAUGUCAUUAAAGUCGUUCUUCCAGAAAAACUCAGUUAUAAGCAACGAUUCUGACAGCUCUAAUGCUGAUUCCUUAUUUAACAAAGCAGAUACCUCCCAAUCUAAUUCUAUUGAAGUUCCUAAAUCAGAUACUCAAAGUAGUAAUUCAGAGCAAUAUUUAGACGCAUCUCAGGAUCAGUAUCAAUUGGAUGUCUCUUCUGUAGAGAAAGAGAAGAGUGGUGUUGCCUUGUUGGAGUGGCGGAGGAUACAGCAGGUUAUGCAGAAUAGCAUACCUCUCUGCAAAGGCCACAAGGAACCUUGUGUUGCUCGAGUAGUUAAGAAACAAGGUCCUAAUAAUGGCCGCAGAUUUUAUGUUUGUGCUCGUGCUGAGGGUCCCGCAUCUAACCCUCAAGCGAAUUGUGGUUACUUUAAAUGGGCGGCUUCCAAAUCUCGGCAUAAAUGAAGAAAAUUGUUGGUGUCGUUAUUAUACCAACUUGGUCAUAUUCGUUCUUUGUCUUCCACUUUCCCCCAUUUGUGUCUCUUGAUGGAUGCUGAGUCGCUGACCAUCAAUUCUUUGCAGGGUUGUUUGCUGAUAAAAAGUGUCGAGGAAAAGCCAAAAAGCGGAGUUCGAGCAUGGAGACGAGGUUCGAGUCUUGCCCAACUGUAGGCAUGCGUUUCAUAAAGGAUGCAUUGACCAAUGGCUACAGUU